ACAAGCAAUUUAAGGAGCGGAGCUAACGACAAUGGCGGCUAGCGAACAGGUGCACCAUACCCUGACAGACCCAGCGUUCGGCGGCGACAUGUUGUCGGUGCUGAACGACCUGAGAGCGGAGGGAGUCCUGCUGGACGUGACGGUUGUUGCAGGGGAGGAAGAGUUCAGGGCGCACUCUACAGUCCUGGCCUACGGCAGCGACUACUUCCGGGGUUUGUUCGCAUCGGGUAUGAAGGAGAGUCAGGAGAAACGUGUCGAUCUGAAAGACCCCAGCCUGACAGCGGAGGCGUUUGGUCUCCUAUUGGAGUUCCUGUACACCGGGCAGCUCGUGGUGUCCUCGCUGAGCGUGUACGAGGUUCUAGCCGUCGCCAACCAUCUGCAGGUUCAAUCGGUCCUUCGUCUUUGCAGUGACUUUAUCGUGCAAAAUCUGCGUGAUCCUCAUUUUGAUAUGGCAAAAUACACCAGAGGAAUCCAGGUUGCAGACCUGUACAACAUGAAGAACCUACAGGAGUCGCUAGAUGCCGUGGUUGCAGAAGAAUUCAUGGAAUUGACCAGCUCCGAGGGCUUCCUGAGGUCUGCUACCAAGGACGAGCUGAUCAAGCUCUUACUGUUUGAGAAUCUUGUGGUACCAUCCGAACAACAGGUGUAUGAGGCGGCCAUACGAUGGCUGACACACGACGCCGGCCGGAUGGAGCAUGCAGCGGCGGUACUCAGUCAUGUGCAGCUCGCCCUACUCGAUGUAGACGUCCUGUAUGGGCAGUUGGAGACCGACUUUGGAGCAACACCAGAGGGGAGGAACCUCCUCCUGGAAGCGAUGGCUUACCACGGCCUCUCUCCCGAGACCAGGCGAGGUUUAAACUGGCCACGGUCGAAGCCGAGGGCACAAAAUAACGUUAAGACGUCGCUAGCUUUGAGUUCGACAGCACAGAUCUUCACAGCGGAAGGAUGGAAACAGAGCGGUGAUGUUUCACUCGGAGGCCAAGACCCAAACACGACUGUCAUCGCAGCAGCUGUCGUUGGGAACGUGCUGUAUAUGCUGUUUUCAUCAUCUCCACAUUUCAAGUCCUUUGACCCAACAACAAACAGUGUCAACACGCUAGCGACACCUGAUGGUUGCGUCUUACGAGAUGCUCAGGCGGUUUCUGUCCCCGGCAUUGGCCAAGUCAGUAACAUGAUAUCUCCUGUUCGUUAUUGGUCAGGCGAAGCAAAGAUGGUUGCUGUCGGUGCUAGGCUUUUCCUCGUUAGUAGUAAUCAGAAGAAAGCCUGGUCUUUCGACAUUGCAGCGGGGCGAUGGUCAAAGAUCCGGCCUGUAGCCGUAAACGGGGAUGGGGUAGCUUUGGUAAGUUGCCAGGGAGUUGUGCUUGCAGUCGGUGGUAAUCGCCGACCCGCGGGGCAGAUGCAGGCGCCGGUGGUGCAGAGUGGUGGCUUCAGCUUCGGCGGCACGCCGGUCGCGGGUCCUGGAAAAGUAACAGGUACACCAACUUCAAAAGUCCAAACCUUCUUCCCGGCGAAGAAUUCGUGGGAGACGGUGUCGUCCACGAACCAACCCCAUGCGGGUGCAACUGCAAUGGUGCAAGGUGACACCAUCUACAUAGGGGGCGGUGUCACGGUCGUCAACGGUGAGAAAGUUACCAACACCAUUGUCGAGAUGUGUAGGGUCUUCGUCAUGGAUGGCGUGGCCGUUUCAGCGUGGUCGGUGGUCCCUCAGCCCGUGUGCGUUCACAAGUUCGCCUCCCAGGUCGCCGUCAUCGACCGUAAGGCGUACUUCAUCGUCGGCGGACAGAUGCACUUCACAGGCAAGCUUGUUGACCAUGACCGCACGUCAGAGGUAGACGUGGAGGAGAUGUGUCAGGCGUUUCGUAAGGGUCUCCCACUGGGCAGCGUUGUGUGCGCCACUUUGUCAUUAAAGGAGAAGAAAUGAGGACGUCUUUGCAUACCAAUGCCGCCAUGUAAUCAUGUACAGCUCUAUCGACCCAUGAGUUUGUAACAAGUCUAUAUGAAUCUAGGACAUGUUUUUGAAAUCUAAAUUCUACACAACACACAAUAAUAAUAAUAUUGCUUCAUAAUCUUGGAUAAGACAUAAACCAGACCCUUCACAUUUGACCGGGCUGUUGCAGCAGUAGUAUCACGGAUAACAUAUUUGAUUUAUUGUGUCAUACGAAUCACCAAAGUUUGAUUUACUACCACUAUUUCUUGAAUAAUUAAGGGUUGCUGUCACGGAUGAUCCAAUGAAGUAUUGUUUUAAACAUUUCUGAAGAAUUGUCAAGAUAUUUAGACGACAUUAACCGGCUGACAGUUUGAAAUGUUUAGUCAUACUGGCUAAGUAUGUAAAUUGAAGUAGGUAAAUUGCAUAAAUUGCAUAAAAAGUUUAUUUCUCUAGUAUAUUAAAAUGCCUUUAAAUUAUCAUACUCUUGGUUGGGAAUUGUAAUUGCAUUGUAUGUAUUGGAGAAUUCUGGUUUGAUAUUACGCUUUUUCAGUAGUGACGAAUAGUACGUAAGAUUUAUGCAGUAGUAGCUUUGUGACAAUAAAAGCCCUGUU